AUGGAUUAUAUGACAUGGACUGAAGCAGAGGCUAAUGAUUUGCUUAGACUGUUAGUAGAGGAAGUUAAGAAUGGAAAUAAGCAAGCAAAUGGUAGUUUUAAAAAGUAUGUGAUUAUGAGGAAUGUGAUACCCCCUCUAGUUGAAAAAUUUGGAAAAGAUUUUAGAUAUAAUCAUGUAAUGAACAAGAUAAAGCAAUGGAAGAGAAAGAUUGCACCUGUGGAGAUCCUGAUGAAAAAUAACUCUGGUUUUGGUUGGGACCCUAGCACACAAAAAUUUACUUGUCCAGACGAAGUGUGGAAUGCACGUCCAAAUACUCCAAAUCUCAAAGAUAAACUUUUUGAGAAUUUUGAGGAUAUACUUAUGGUAUGCGAAGAUCAUGGCGCUUCUGGCAGAGGAGCUAUAGGUUUAGGUCCUGAUGGCUUGGAUGAAGCACGCUUAGAGGAAGUGGUUGGGGAGGGCAUACUUGGUGCUGAUGCUGAGAUGGAAUCUCCGGAUGGAGGAGAUGCUACUGUAGAUAUGCAACAUGCUGCCACCGUUCCCAGUGAUAAUAUUCCAUUUUCUGCUUCUGGACCAUCCACUCUGAAUAAUGGUAAACGAAGGCGUAGGUCAAUUAGUACUGCAGCCACAUCCUCUGCAUCUUCCCAGUCGUUGCAAGAGGUAGGAGAGGGAGUUGUCACUGUAGGUAAAGCUUUUUAUGAGUUAGUUGAUGAGUUGAGGAAGAUAAGAAAAGGUCGGAAUAAAGAAUGGGUUGAUGCUGUUAUGUCUACUUCUAAAUUGACUAAGCCACAAAAAAUGGAAUAUACUCAGUGA